GCCGUUAUCUCCGUGGCCGCAACUACCGGCUGUUUGAAUGGUCUAGCGGCGGAACGCAGAGCUCAACUGCGAUGCGAGUAUUAUAAAAACUCACUUGGCUUACGCAGAAGAAGAAGGGGAGACGGCCAGACCGCGCGUGGUUGGUGAAAAAAAGGUGAGAGGCUGAGUCAGCGAACGAGCCAGUGAGAGAAGGAAAGAGAGAGAGAGGGGCCAUGGAGCAGCAGAGACAGAGGACUCUCUCCACAUCAGGAGAAUCGCUGUACGUCGUGUUGGGAGUCGACAAGAGCGCCACGACAGAUGACAUCAAGAAAUGUUACAGGAAACUGGCAUUGAAGUUUCACCCAGAUAAGAACCCAGACAACCCAGACGCAGCCGAGAAGUUCAAGGAAAUCAACAAUGCCCACUCCAUACUGGCCGACGCCACCAAGAAGAACAUCUACGACAAAUACGGCUCGCUGGGGCUCUAUGUUGCGGAGCAGUUCGGAGAGGAGAACGUCAACACCUACUUUGUUCUGUCCAGCUGGUGGGCGAAGGCCUUGUUCGUCUUCUGCUGCCUGACCACAGGUUGUUAUUUCUGUUGUUGCCUGUGUUGCUGCUGUAACUGUUGCUGUGGUAAAUGUAAACCUCGGCCGCCCAUGGACCAGGAGCCCGAGUUCUACGUCUCCCCCGAAGACCUGGAGGCCCAGCUGACCGCUGACGAGAGAGACGGCGGUGAACCCAUAAUAUUGCAGCCGUCCUCAGCCACAGAAACCACCCAGCUCACCUCCGACGCCCGCCACAGCUACAGGACCGACGCAUACUAACAGCACUCAUGCAUACACGCACACACACACACACUCUCAUAUCUGCAAACAGUGCAUACCGUCACAGCCCAAACUUUUGACAACCCUCUAAAUUUCAAACUGAGGUGGAACGAGAGAGGAAGAAGAGGGGAAAAAAAGUGAACAAGCAAGAGAGAAAUAAACACUGAACACUUGUUUUAACACUGGUUAGACAGAAUGCAAAUGAACAAGGGUGAUCCUGUUUUCUUUAUAGGCACACACACACACACACACACACACACACACACACACACACACACACCAGACACUGAGCUCAGUUUUCAUGACACAGUUCAACGUCCACCCUCAGAGUGACAUAUCGUUACGCAGAAAAACCGGGGCAGAAACACGGAGACUCUUCUACCAAACAUUGAUCGUUUUUCUAUAUUUCACCUGUAAGAAGUGGAAGAGAGAAAACAAGACUCAACACUAAACAUGCAAAAUUCAUUUUAACAUUUUAACAGUAAUGUUUUUUUCAAGUGAAACUUGUGCCACAGUCGACUGAGGCAUAAACUCACUCUUUCCAUUUAUCUAUAUUCACUUUUUAUCAAGUGUUAUUGUGAGUACCAGCACAGUCCUGAGGAACACACGCUGUAGGAAUGCGAGGAAGGUUUUGCUCUGUUGUUGCAUGAAUUUGAAAUUAGGGUUGCAGCUAUAUCCGGUUUCUACCACCGUAUGAAAUUUGACGAUAAUAAUACCGUAAACUGGCGAAUAACCAGUUUUAUAAAAAAAUAAAUAACGAACGGAGAAUCUCGACCGCACAUGCCAGAAACGACAGAACAAAUGUGUUUCUCUGCUCCAUCACAGAACUCCCGAGUCCAUGGAAAGCCUAUUUGCGACUAGUCACUCUUAUUAUUAAUUGACAAAAUUAAUCACAUUACGUCAGUUUCUCAGCCGUAGCAGUAAUGAGUCACUUUGCCGGUUACUAACACUUCUCCGUUGUGUAUUUUACUGCGAUACUCCUCUUCUUCCUAUCUGCCUCUCCUCUUCUCUGUCACUUCUUCCUUCCCACACUGAACAUUGUGUAUCUACUGUGGGAGUCCAGUGUUAUGAGUAACAGCAUUACAAGUUCAUUCACAUACAUCUACACACUGAGAGAGCCCCAUUUGUGUUUGUUUUUUAGUUGUGUGAAAGUAAAAAUGCUCUACGUGUCUUGUGAACCGUACGUUUAGAUUUCACUGUUUUUUUUUGAGUUGGUCGGAACUUUGAACUCGGGGAGGUUCGUUUAUUCCUUCUUCUUCCGUUUGUCUCUGUAGAUUUGCUUUACGUCACCUUUUUAUUUUUCUUGUUUAUGUCGUUAAUGAAGGGAAGAUAUUAAUAUCCAAAAUCUUUAUGUAGAUGAUAAAAUUAUCAUAGCGUCUGGAAAACCGUUUACAACAAUCAAACUGAAUAGUUGGGGUAUCUUUUUUUUGUAGUUCUUCAUUUUGUCACAAGUGAGUAGCACUCCAACUCUGCUAUGGUAUAAAAAACAGGAAAAUUGUGGUUGUUUGUGUGAACUGUUUAUUUUUUCUAAUAAAAAAAAACAAAAAAGGAAAAAAAACAUACACCUACAUCCAACCAAACAAUCCAACCUACAACCUAGUUCACUGACGUUACUUUUCUUUGAUUAUUCAGUCAAACACACUCAUUAUGUAUUUAUACGUAUCAUGAGAACGUGCAAUAAGAGCUGAACAAGUCUCUUCCAUGACUGCCCUUCACUUCCAGACUUCCACUCACAAUUUUCAAAGGUUUUCCCGUGGGAAAUCUGCAGGCUCAUAGAAAAUCGAAUAAGCUCAGACUGUUGCGACGUUAAGAAGAAUGAGAUGUAGCUAAUUAUAGUUAUUACAUAUCUCCAUCAAACCCCACAAUUGAUUAGUUACAUGUACAAAUCAGAUUUAAUACAGUCAUUUGUUUUAAACACAUGAACAUUUCUUUCAAUUUCUUAUCCAUUCUUUUGGUUUUACAGUUAGUUUUUAAAUUUGUCUUCCAAUUUUAUAUCCCAGUAGAUUUUUUUCAGUCCAACUUUGGUCAAAGAUCUUUUGAAGGGUUUUUAUGAAACCUGCAGAUGCUCCGUAUUAACCAGAUUUAUCUUCACCUGAUUUGUUUUUGUGCUUCUUGUCAUGCUGUCCCUGAUCUGACUGAAAAUGUCACAUGGUUAAACCCAAAUCCCUAAUUUCUUUCUCACAUUUUUCCUCUAUUGACCAAACCUACAACUGUCUGACUGAACGCAGUGUGAAGUCUGAAAGACAUAAACCUGGAGUGAGGAAACUUUUCAUUGUUAGAUCUACAAACAAUGACAUAAAUAACAAGAACUGAUUUGUGAAUAUAGCAAAACAGAUGAUAAUAAUAUUGAAGCAUUAUUUUAUUUAUUUUAUUUUUUCUCAUCUUUUUAAUGAUUAAUUAGCAAUUAGCUGGUAUGUCGAGGGGAUGUAUAGAAUUUUAGAUGUAAAUCAUUUUGAAAAAUUUAAAUGACAAAAUGGCAGACCUGCUGUAUAUACACACAGUGGCACAGCACAUAGAGUUGUAGAGGUUUUCUGUCGUUAGCAUGGAUUAAUAUGUUUGUGUCUGUCAGGCAGACGUAUGGGUAAAUUAAGUAUCCGAUGUACUGAUGUAAAAUAAAUGUUUCGGAUGCUUCAGA